AUCAGACGUUCAGAAAGGGUGGCGGGGGCGGGCUUUCACGUUUUGUUUCUGAAGUCCAGGAUCUUGGAAUCCUGCUCAGGCUGGGUCUCUUCCGGUGUGGACGCUCGCUCGGCCCCGCCGCAUCCGUUUGCCCUGCGUCUGGCGGGUGCCGGGCCGUCACGGGAGGACUCGGGCGCCGCAGACGCCGGGCCGCAAUGGAACCUUUGACCUUCAAGGAUGUGGCCAUCGAUUUUUCUGGAGAGGAAUGGGAAUGCCUGAACUCCGAACAGCAGACUCUGUAUAAGGACGUGAUGCUGGAAAACUAUCGGAACCUGGUCUUCUUGGGUCUUGCUGUGUCUAAGCCAUACCUGGUUACCUGUCUGGAGCAAAGGAAAGAGCCCUGGAAUGUAAAGAGGCAAAAGACCAUGCUCUUGUUCCCAGGUGUGUUUCCUCAUUAUAACCAACACUUUUCACCAGAGCAGAACAUAAAGUAUUCUUUCCAGGAACUGAUCAAUGGAAGCCAUAGAAAUGGUGACGUUGACAAUUUGUGCUCCAGAUAAGAAAGGGACCGUAUAGAGGGG